AUGUUUCUGACUGCGCCCCGCGGGCUCUCAAAACGAGUUAUAAUCACUUUGGUUUCGGCGCUAUUAUUUGCGGUUGGCUACUUCCGAUUUUAUUUCAGUUAUGAGCAUUGGUAUUUGUCGUCGGGGGAUAGAGUGCUGUCGAAUAUAAAAUUUUCGCAAUCCCAACCAUCCACAGCACAGACGACAUCCAUCCGCACCGAUUCGGCGAUUAUAUCACUCGUACGCAAUGAAGAGUUAGACGGGAUUGUGUCCUCGAUGAGACAGUUGGAGGCCUCGUGGAACUCGAAAUAUAAUUAUCCGUGGAUCUUUUUUAAUAAUGUCCCGUUUUCGGAGGAGUUUAAAGCCAGGACGCAGGCGGAGACGGAGGCUGAGUGUCGCUAUGAGUUGAUACCAGAAGAACAUUGGGCGGUUCCCGACUGGAUCGAUCCCGAUUUACUGAAGCAAGCAACGCGAAAGAUGAAGAAACAAGGAAUCAAAUAUGCGGGAUUACUGAGUUAUCAUCAGAUGUGUCGGUGGAAUUCGGGUUUCUUUUACAGACAUCCUGCGCUGGAGGCGUAUAAGUAUUAUUGGCGCGUUGAGCCUGACGUCAAAUUCUUCUGCGACAUAACCUACGACCCCUUCCAAUUCAUGGCCGACCACAAUAAAACCUACGGCUUCACAAUCAACAUCUUCGACGACCCCAGCUCCGUCGCCUCCCUCUGGCCCGAGACGCAAUCCUUCCUCAAAUCGCACCCCGAUUACUUAAGUGCAGAUAACUCGCUCAUGUGGCUCACAGACCGCACCUUACGGCCCGACCAUACCAAUACCGCGAACGGAUACAGCACAUGCCAUUUCUGGUCAAAUUUCGAGAUUGGAGAUCUCGACUUCUGGAGGUCGGAAAAGUAUCAGCAAUAUUUCGAGCAUUUGGAUCAAUCCGGUGGAUUCUUUUAUGAGAGGUGGGGGGAUGCGCCGGUUCAUAGUAUUGCGUUGGGGUUGUUUGAGGAUAAUUCGAGGAUUCAUUGGUUCAGAGAUAUAGGCUACCAACACCCACCAUACAUAAACUGCCCCGACACAUCAUCCUCUUCCUCGGGAGGCGCGGCAUCAGGAACCUGCCAGAAUUGUAAACCGAACAUCUUCACGCAUAGCUGGGGCGUAAUGAACGAGGACUGUCGCGUGAACUGGUUUCGGCAAAUGUGUCAGUCGCGCACGCGGCACAGGAGCACGAUGUUGCCGGACGAGGAUGAGAUUUGUCGGCAGGCGAUGAAUUUUGGAGCCUUCUCUGGUGGUGUGAAGUAUAUAUAG